ACAUGGACUACAGAAGAUUCCUGAACGGCAUAGGGGUGCGCCGACAGAAAGGACCCUAUUUGAGGGGUCUUCUAGAGAAAGUUCAAGAUAAUCCUGAUAUGCUGUCACUAGCUGGAGGCCUGCCCAACCCCUCCUUGUUUCCCAUCCUGUCUGGAACAUUUAAACUGAAAGAUGGCGAGGAGGUUUACUUGGACGAAAAUACAAUGACGGAGGUCCAGCAAUACAGCAGCUCUCAAGGCUACCCUCCAUUCCGUCAAUGGUGUGAACGUUUCAUUAAAUCCUACCAUGAUCCGCCCUGCUGGGAAAAUGCGGAUGAAUCAAAAACUAAAAUAAUGGUGACAAGCGGUGCCGCAGAGGCGUAUACUAAAGUCCUUGAAAUGUGUGUCAAAGAGGGCGACAAGGUACUGGUAGAAAUUCCGACGUUCUCCAGCGCCAUAGAUAAUCUCCUCACGCUCGGUGCGGAGCCGCUAGGGGUUCAAGGAGGCGACCAUGGCAUGAUUCCCGGCGAGCUGCGAAACAUCAUGUCAAAAUGGAGACCCGAGGACGCAGACAAUCCUCAUUCUGACGUCCCUAAACUGAUGUACGUCAUUCCUUCCAGCAGUAACCCUUCUGGCGCCACAUUGCCCCUCGAGAGAAAACGAGAAAUCUACGAGAUUGCCCGAGAGUACAACCUUCUCAUUAUUGAAGAUGAUCCGUACUAUUUUCUUCAGUUUGGAGGCCGUCUGGAGCCAAGUUUUCUUUCUAUCGAUGCAGAUGGUAGGGUGCUGAGAGCCGAUUCCUUCUCAAAAUGUAUGACGGCCGGGUUACGUCUCGGCAUCCUAAGCGGCCCCGCUCUACUGGUUUCAAAAGUUCAAUCCCACGUGGGUUUCUCGCAGGAACACAGCAACAACCUCGCUCAAGCGGUGCUUCACAAAAUCUUUGAGGCUUGGGGAGAGCAGGGCACGAAGAAGCGGUGGCGGGAGAUCUCCGCAUUCUACGAACGCCAGAAAAACGCCAUGAUGUCGUCUUCAAAGAAGUGGUUGACUGGAUUGGCGGAGUUCGUGGAGCCUCAAGGAGGGAUGUACUUAUGGAUAAGGUGA